GCUAAAAAAAAAUAUAUAAGCAAAAUAAACAAUUACUAAAAAUAAACAGUGGUUCAAAAGAACACUGACUGCAUACCUAGUGCACCAAAAAAACUGCUUUAUAACCAAUUCCCAAUUUAAUAGUUAAACUCUGAGUUUACACAUAUAAUCCAUUCCUUCAUCUUUAAUUCGCUUCGCUCUUGUUGUGAGGGACAUGCUUUUGGGCAAUAUCAAAUUGUCUGGCCAUAUUUGAACACUUUUUGAACCUGCGUCCCGUUAUCUUAGUCGAAAUCCAUCUUGAAAGCUUUACUAUCGCCCCCAUUAUAAUUGGCGUAGCCUUUCAUUUGUCUUAGACUCGUGUUUAGUUCAAUUCCCAUAUCGAUUCGAAUUCUCCAAAAUGAAGAACUAUUACAUCGACUACUUACCUGUUACUGACAAAAAUGUCCUAAAUCCCUUUCCUACACCAACAUCCGAAUUUGCAAACCCGAGCGUUGGAGGUAGUUUGAUAGACUCAAUACCCUGGGUUACAGUGCUAGUUGUGGGGGUACAAAUUAUUUUGAUUGUAAUUACAGUAUUGGCUAAUAGUGUAGUUGUCGGAGUUGUUUGGAAGAGCCAGAGAUUACAUAAUGUCGGAAUGUAUCUGGUUGCGACACUUGCUCUUUGUGACGCUCUGGUCGGCCUCAUGGUGAUGCCGUUCAAAACCGCACAGCAUCUGAGCGACAAAUGGCCCUUUUCCAAGGUGUUGUGUGAGGCGUGGAUGUUCGUGGACGUGUCUCUCUGUACAGCCUCCAUCUGGCAUCUCUGUGCCAUCGGAAUAGACAGACUUUGCAUAUUCUCAUUUGAGAUGAGCUACCUCUCUCGCCGGGACUACAAAGUAGCUCUUGGUCUACUGGCGGCAAUAGCUGUUCUUACAAACACGAUAUCACUGCCUCUUUUACUCUAUCCCUGGGAUAACACUGGCACAUCACGUGACCUUGAAGCGGGGCCUGGAAACAGUACAAUCGAAGUGGUUUCUUUAGGCAGUAACUACACGAAUGAAUCCGCGGAAGUGAUGAUGGAAUCUCAGCCUUCUUGCUCGAUACCUGUUUUGAUAAUCAUGGAAACCCACAAGAAGAUCCAGUGCUAUUCUACUCUUUACUAUCGCCCCCAUUAUAAUUGGCGUAGCCUUUCAUUUGUCUUAGACUCGUGUUUAGUUCAAUUCCCAUAUCGAUUCGAAUUCUCCAAAAUGAAGAACUAUUACAUCGACUACUUACCUGUUACUGACAAAAAUGUCCUAAAUCCCUUUCCUACACCAACAUCGGAAUUUGCAAACCCGAGCGUUGGAGGUAGUUUGAUAGACUCAAUACCCUGGGUUACAGUGCUAGUUGUGGGGGUACAAAUUAUUUUGAUUGUAAUUACAGUAUUGGCUAAUAGUGUAGUUGUCGGAGUUGUUUGGAAGAGCCAGAGAUUACAUAAUGUCGGAAUGUAUCUGGUUGCGACACUUGCUCUUUGUGACGCUCUGGUCGGCCUCAUGGUGAUGCCGUUCAAAACCGCACAGCAUCUGAGCGACAAAUGGCCUUUUUCCAAGGUGUUGUGUGAGGCGUGGAUGUUCGUGGACGUGUCUCUCUGUACAGCCUCCAUCUGGCAUCUCUGUGCCAUCGGAAUAGACAGACUUUGCAUAUUCUCAUUUGAGAUGAGCUACCUCUCUCGCCGGGACUACAAAGUAGCUCUUGGUCUACUGGCGGCAAUAGCUGUUCUUACAAACACGAUAUCACUGCCUCUUUUACUCUAUCCCUGGGAUAACACUGGCACAUCACGUGACCUUGAAGCGGGGCCUGGAAACAGUACAAUCGAAGUGGUUUCUUUAGGCAGUAACUACACGAAUGAAUCCGCGGAAGUGAUGAUGGAAUCUCAGCCUUCUUGCUCGAUACCUGACUCCGUCGCAUAUACCCUCUACUCUACCAUGGGUGCAUUCUACCUGCCCCUCCUCAUUCUGAUGCUCAUCUACCUCAAGAUGUACUCGAUAGCCAGAGGCAAGUGGAAGAAGAAACGCCGGUCACGUGCCGCGCCAGUAUCAUCAGCCGCACAGAUGUCUCACCAACGAAAAAACACACUGAGAAAAAAAUCAGAACCUUUGCCAGAGCAACCAGAAUGUGACGAGACAUCUAAAUUAGCACCGCUUCUCGAACAAGAACCUUCACCAAAAUUGUCCAAAUCACCGCCAACAACCUCAUACACGAGUUCUCAAUCUACUACAAAACCAUGUCACGAUAACUUACUCACGAAACCGAGGCUUUUCAUUGGUCAAAAAAGUUCGGUUCAGUGGCAAGCAACGUCCAAUUUAUCAACAGUUCCUGUGCCAUUUAAGAAACUGGCGCCUAGCAAUCAACUUGAUGUUUCGAACAUACGCGGGAAAUUAGGUUCACGUAGCCCGCAAUCCUCAUCGCCAUCCGGAACAUCACAAAACACACCAAAUAGAGGCGGAUCAAUAUCAAUGCCAUUUGUUGCGGUGUCACGAAUGAAAGGUCGUCUCGGCCAGUGGAAAAAACGGGCGGCGGAGCGUCGCGAAAAGCGAGCUUUGGCUACAUUAUUCGCAAUCCUGGCAACAUUUGCAAUUUGCUGGCUACCGUUUUUUCUCAUGGCUUUAAUUGUACCAUUAUGCGGUCCUAAAUGUCAACCUUCAAGAGUAUUGGGUUUGCUUAUCGAUUGGCUGGGCUACUUUAACUCAACUUUGAACCCGAUUGUUUACGCCCUGAUGAAUGAUGAUAUGCGACAAGCAUUUACAAAACUCAUGAAGAGAAGAACCUAAACUAUUAUUCAGUAUUACCAACAAUUGUAAUAUGA